ACGAGAUUUUGCGGGACUUCCGGCAGCGUAUGUAUCCGUUCUAGCAACAACCCGUGACAGUUUCGAUUUGUCUGUUAAACUUUUCGAAAACGUGAAGUAAAACAGAUAUUAAGUUAGAUCGACAACAUGAUUCCCAGAUUCUACAGUCUGCUGUACUUCAACUUUGUGUUUGCACGGCUGAUUAACAAAGCAUCUCUUCAGAUCACAGUAGAGGGUUUUAUUGGUCGGUCUGCUCUCCUGCCAUGUUCCUCAACUGAAGAUGCAAGCAAGCAAGACAUUUAUGUGCACUGGAGAGACAGUAGCAGUAAAAGCGUGUUUGACUUAAUCAAGGGUGAAGCUUCAAUUGAGCAGCAGGAUCAGCAGUACAAGAACAGAACUGAAUCUUUCCCUCAAGAAUAUCUAAGAAGAAACUUUUCCAUCAAACUCAACAAACUUCGAGUCACUGAUGCUGGAAAAUACAUCUGCUACAUCUCACACUCAUCUGAACAACCAGCUGUACGGCUGAUCGUCAACGCCUCUGUGGCAGAAAAUGAAAACAAACCAAUUAAAGAAGAUGACAAAGGAGACAAUACGGGAUCAGAUGGAGAAACUUCACAUUGGCUCUUGGUUGUUAUUACAUUUGCUGUACUAGUAAUUAUAGGGGUAAUCAUUGUUUUAUUGCGCUACAGAAAGAAAAUACAAUCUAGCUUCUCUCAUGUCACGACUGAAAACUCAGACGACAUCGACAAAUGAAAAGCAGGUAAACUUUUACAUUCCUUUUAUUUCACUGAAUAUUAACUGAAUUGUCACAUAUUUAGCUCUUUUUGAUGUAAAAUCUACUGGGUCUUAAAUCAAAGGAAUGACUUAUUUCUACAUACUGGUCAUUUGUACACUCUCUCAAGAAAACAGCAUAGACCAAAUGUAAAUAAGUUACACUCUGCAGAGAAAAAAUACUACAAUUUGAAUGCCUUCUUUUGAAAUGAUAUGCCUGUCCAGUGUAUAUCAGUACGACAUUAUAGGUACAUUGCUUUCAUAUACAGUUUUUAAUGACCAAAGUUGUAUUUAUGAUAAUUUUUGUGGCAUAUAAAAGCAGCAUCAGUAAUAACAAACUCGGAUAACGGUAGCUUUAACAACACUAUCCCUAAGUGAAGAAGCUUUUUCAGAAAGGCAAUUUACAAAGCAAGAUAUAACGCAGCCUUAAGUGUUUUUUAGGUACAUUUCAGAAUAAACCAUUUUUUCAAUCAGGUUCAGGUGACAAUAAAAUGUAACCACUGUGUCCUUUGUAACUCAGCUUGUUCAGUGUUUGUUGGUGUAUCCCAGAGCACUUCUGAUGCCUCAUUGGCACUGACAUAGUGACAUUAGCCGCAUUUCCAGUGCGAUUUUAUUGGGCUGUGCCAGUAGCCUGGGAGCAUGAGAAGAGAGGUCUAAAUCAUGUAGCAUUUCCACUGUCGGGCCAAUGGCUUGCAAUGCGGCACUCAAACCCCACCCCAAGAACAUCCCCCAAUUCAAACGUUACACAGUCCACCCAGUUCAGUGGGAAUCAGGCAGAUAAACCACACCAUCGCGUCAUAACAAAACAAUUAAAAUAGAGACAAAUGAAACAAACAAAUUACAUGUUGCUGUACAGAAUUACAUUACAUUUCUAUAUGCACAGGCCCAUGUAUUUUCAUUCAUUAUAUUCUUUUACUCAUCGACCGACUGUUGGCAUCAUACAUUGAGUGGUCUCGCCACUAACGGAGGGAUGACUCAGUGCACCAUCCAUAGUAUAAAACCACAGAACUUUUCACAGAGACAUAUAUAUUCACAUGUUCGUUUCUCAAACAAAAAAAUGUAAAAACUAAUUAUUUGAUAAAAGUACUGUUAAAUAUUUCAGAAAGGCAUAUCUCCACUGAAUCUCCCCAAAAGCAUAAUUACGAUUUAAAAUAUUAAACAUCCUUCCAAUAAAGCUCUACAUUUAAAAUUUCAUUUUUUUCAGCACUGCACAGGACUGGAUGACAGAAAAGAAGGUCGUGUACAUUUUGUUCACCCAAAAAUGCUGUUAGUGGGAUUUUAUUAAUAUCGUAUCCAAAUAAUUUGUAAAUAAUAUUUCACAACUGCUCUGUUGUUUGUUUUUGCGAAAAGAUCAAAAAUAAUUUUUUCUGAUAGACCUUUGUAAAAUUAAUGUUAAAAAUGGCUUAAAAUGGUAAAAAAAAUUUGUAUUGUAUAUACCUACAUUGCUAUAGCUUUAGUUUGUUUUAUAUUGGUUUAUUUAAUGAGUUUUAUUAUAUACAAUAUUUGUAAUUCUUUAAAUGUUUUAAAACUUUAAAAACCCAACCGCUCGCAACAUCAACAGAGCUGGGAAGUGAGCAAUCUUUCACCUUGUCUCUCACACACAUACUGUACAUGCAUCUAAAUACGCAUGUUUCAUGCACAAACACACUUUUUAAGCUUGACAAAAACUCUUGACAAUUGAGUUACUGACUACUGUGUCUUUAAUGUGGUGUAGCCUAAAGAUUAUCAUGCAUUAUUGAAAGAUCAAAGAGGAUGCAGCAAAGAAAUAUUACUUAUUAAAUUAAAACUAGGGUACUAUUUUAUGCAACACCCUUACAUUUUAAAAGGGAAACAUAAGGGCAGUCUUAAGCAAAAAAAAGACCCCUAGCCUAUAAUAUGUUUUAUGAAAUUAAGCUUGCCAGCUAUUUGUUUUUUUCCCCCCUUAUUUAUUUUAUUUUACUUUUUUUUUUGGGACAUCAACUCGUGUGCAAUUAGAAAACUAGUGUUCCAUCUUUACGAGACUCGGGCAAACUCCACCUCUGCUUUCACUUUGCCUCAAAGCCCCAGCUAGCCCUCUUUGGCCCAAGCCAUUCAGAGGGCCAAAAAAGUCCAGCCGCUGGCCCUAAGGAAGCCCCGAUUUGGCUCGAUCAGACCCCAGAAGUGACUGUGUGCACACUCGCUUUAGGCGCGACACUGGAAAUGCAGCAAUUGUAAUAUCUCCAGAAAUUACAACAGAAAUAGUGACUGCUGCUUCUCACUCAGGUUGAUGUCUAUGCUAACAGAGUAGAGAUCAUCAUAUAUUUAUAGGUAUUUAUUCUCCACAAUGAUAUCAGUGUUGGGAGAAAUUUAAAUGGUGAUUAGCCUUUCUUUCAUUUUCAUGUUUCUUCUGUUUAUGGCCUUCUCAACUAAAACAAAACUACUAGCUGCCCACUACAUUAAGGUAUUUGCAUAUGGAGAUUUAAUUAGCUACGCAAGUGUCAGUGCAGUGACACCACAAAUCAAAAAUUCUUUUCAGCAAAGCCUGAUAAAAAAUUUAUGUGAUGAUCAUUGUGGUUUCAUUUGUUGUAUAUUAGUAAUUAUAUUAGUAAUAUUUUUGUACAAAGGUUUAUCAUGCAUACACAGAUUGCAUCGGCCAUUUUGUGCCUAGACAUUAGUGAAUGAGGCCUUAGUGGAAAAGUGGAAAGGAGGAAUGAGCUGCCUGUUACUGCCUUAAUUCGGUACAUUAGGGCUGUACAACAUUUUUUUCCUCAUAAAUAUUAACAUGUACAUCUGCAAUAUAGUCACAUCAAAGAAUGUGCAAUGUCAAGUAGGGAUUAUAGUUCAGAUUGUGGGAAGUUUAAACAUAAUGGAGUGAAAGUUUCAUCAUUUGCAUGUGUUUUAAGGCCUGUAACCAUGUAAGCAUUUCAGAGUCAAAAGCUUUCAUGUGUGAGAAUAAUGAUGUUUGAUUAUUGUUGUGGAGGGCUAUUUAACAUUUGAUUAUUACAUUUCUGUUCAUGUGUACUGAUAGACUCAGCUCAAAAAUGUAAAGCACUGUUCAUUUCAUUUGUGUCUUGUUGUAUUACAAUUAACUUUUUAUUGCAGGAAAACAAAGCAUCAAUUUUUCCAAUAUUGUGCAGCCCUGUUCUGAACCACAAGUGUCCUUUUUUUGCAUUUGUUCAUAUUAAAUGUAUUUUGUAUAAUUUUUUUGACAGAAUUGUAAUCAUUCAACAAAUCAGACUCAAACAGAAAACCUUUAUUUAUUUAUUUAUUUUAUUUUAUUUUUUUUUGUGCAAGAUAUGCACAAGAAAAAUUCUUUGUUUUAAAAUCCUCAUUGUUGCCCUGCAUGUUUAGGAACUCAACUUGCUUAGAAAAUGUGCAGAUCUUUAUUUGCUUGAUUACAGUAUAAUUGACUUUUAAACUAACUUCAAGUUAUAUACAAGCUUCCAGAUAAUGUAAAUGGUGAUGUUUUUAACUAUAGAGAAUGCAAAUAAAUAAAGUGUCAAUUCCAAGUAAA